AUGACGGCGUUGUUCGUGAACUCCAUGAGAGCCCCAGCGCUUGGAGCUCUGGCCCUGGUCGCCUUAGCCAGCGCCUUGCGCGAGGAACAGGCGGGCGGCACACGGAAGGACGUGCCCCGACGCUGUAGCAAGGGCUGGAGCCUGGGUGGCUCCGAGUGCUGCUCCUGUGGCGAUCGCAUGGGCUCGGGCGUGGAUCAAGACCUCGAAGUCGUGUUGGAUCAUUGCGAGUGGGAGGACGGCGAUGCCAUCGCUUCCAAGACUUGUUGCCCGGUUUGGACCAGGGAUUGCAAGGAGAAUGAGCCCGAGUUCAAGAAGGGACUCAAGCGUGAUUGCGUCGUGACGCCAGAAGAUUGUGCUCAGGCGCAGUGCGCCGACGUGGCGCAGCAGCUUCGCUCUGCGAAGAAGGCGCUGAAGGCGUUGAUUCCUUCGAAGUCCAAACGUCCAUCGUCCAGCACGUUGAAGUCAUUCGUGACGGGGAAGUCCAAUGCCGGGAAAACCUGCCAUUGCGGUUGCGGCGAGAUUUCCAGCUUGGAUCCCUUGCAGUGCCAAAAUUCGAACGAUGCGUCCUGGGAAAUGUAUUGUCGGAAGACGCGGCCUUGCUGCAGCGACCCGGUCAAGGACUGCAAGGAAGAAGAUCCAUGGCCAAAGGCCCUCGAGAUCAGCCAAGAGGUCGAGGAGCUGGAAUCCCUGUGGAAGGAAUGCUUCAAGAGCUGCAAGGUGGCGCAGCAAGACGCUUGCGUGGAAGACUUGAAGGCGGAGGCGACGUCCCAAAAGUCUGGAUGGACAUCGAAGCUGUUGGGUAAAAAGAAGAAGAGCAAUCAGGAGGUGACAGUGGAAGAAUACUAUGCGAAGCUUUCCAAGAAGGUGGAAGCAAAAGAACUGGAUCGUGAGAAGUUCAUUCAAGAGCUGCGCGCCAGAGACAAGGCAAGGAAUCGUGCGAAGAACGCGGAACGACGAGAGCAGUGGAAGAAGGAGCAAUUCGUGAAGCUUUCCAACUUUGUGGCAGGUGUGGGUUCCGCCGUAAAGGAUCUGCAAGGGAAAGACUGCUGCAAAUGCCAAAUGAUUGAAAAGAACAAGUUCAGCUUCCUCACUGGAGGGACGCUGGUCACGGACUUUUGCUCAGCAGCAAGUUGUGACAGUUACCAAGGUAAGUGCAGCAAGACCAGCAAAAACUUCUGCAAGAGAAGCACUGCAUGCCCAGCAGAUCAUGCAUACUACGCACGCGCUCUCGGUUCUGUAGCAGCCUGCCGCAGCUGGGAGCACGAAGAAGUGACGGCCGGUCUCGUUCUGUUGAGCAUCUCCUUGGCACCCGUUUUGAAGGCCCCUGAUCGUUCCACGUGGGGGCGUCCCCAGUUCGGACCGCGGACGCGCGGUCCGGGGUGCGAUCCAUGGAGGCCGGACCAGUGGCCCCGUGCAGGAUGCGUGGAGCCGAAGUACGUGGGGUUGACACCACAAGAGGUGGCCUUUGCCGAAGAGGUCUUACACGAAGCUCGAGAGAAGGUGCCAAUGGAUCAGCACGGCCCUGAUGCAGGCCUGGUGGCUCCGGCGCUGCGAAGGCUGCACGAAGUCGUUGAGGCCGACGACUUCGAGGCACUACCAGCGGCGAUCAGUGCAGCAGAGGCCGUGGGGGUAGAGGUCUCGGAGCUGCGCUUCGCGCGCGCGGUGCUGCAGCAACGGAAGGAGCUGCGGAGAACCAAGGCCUCGGAGGCAUUACAACGCGUGGUUGCUUCGGGCUCAGCGACCACCGCGGUGAAGUUGACCACAGCACUGGCGAUGGCCAAAGUGGCCGGGGUGUGCGCAAGAGACCUGAACGCUGCCGAAGAGCUGUUGAAGACGAUACGCGAAGCGGAUCUCCGACACCCGCGCAAGAGCGCCCUAGCGUGUGCGCAUUCCCGGCCCAAAGAAGGCAAAUGCUUACGCUUCGCACCGGAGGUAGAGACGGUCUUUUUCAGCGCAUGA